AUGAGCAAGCUGAUGCCGCAAGAGCGCAGCUCUGUGUCACAAAGCAUGGGACUUCUCGAGUUUCCCAUUAAGCUAGAGAAGCGAGACGGGCUUGUUAGCGAGUACUCAUUGACAUAUCCGAGAGUUCCUUGGUGGUGGAAGUGUUUUAUUAUCGGGCACGGGAUGUUAUUCCGCCGAGAGCGCUCGACAAUUAUCAAGCGCGCGAAUCGAUGUAGGCCGCUGGCGUGGGGCGCCAAGACGUGGGGGGCCCGGUGGCGCGGGGGCGAGCGCCCCGGCAUGGCACCGCGCAACUCGCCGCCCGUAUCGACCGCCCCGGAUGUGCAUUGCGAUGCCGCGGGAGAGAUCAGGCGGCCCACC